AGGAUUUCCGAAAGAUACGAUUAAUGAUCUAGAAAAAUUAACUUUUCGCGUAUCUGAGUGUAAUGUGUCUUCGCUGAUGCUGUCGUCACGUCACGAAAAAAAAAAACACGAGGCAUUUGGACCAGCACGAUUCUGAAAGAAAAACCUUCGUAAUUAAGCCAGAAAACCCAUAAAUGGUAAGAAAGGGAAUUAAAAAUAAUCUCACCAAGGCCGACAACAACUUAAGCGGUGAAGCUCGACGGAAACAAACUUCUUUAUUCGACCGGACAUACACGGGAACAGUUCCAGCGCUAAACCGCUGGGCCGGGACCCAACACAACUUCGUCAACAGCAGCAGCGGUAAACAUAAUUCUGGUGAGAAAAAAACUUGUUCAGUUCCUCACUCACGAUUGCGAGCAGCUACCGAUCAUAUCGCCAUCACCACCGUCAGUGGCAACAGCAGCACCACCAAAUACAACAUUCGUCGGAAGCGUUCCUUCGCACCACAACCCGUUUUCCGGUGGAAGAUAAAUGAACUUCCGGCAUACCAUCGUGGCCAGUGCAAACAGCCGGACAAAAUUGUGCGGCUGAAACGGCUCUAAGUAGCUACAAUUUCUAUCAUCACUGCAAAAAAGCGAACGCAGUUUACCGCACCAGGCGUGGAAGUGGCUAAGGCAGCGGUCACGAUGGCUGGUUUGUUGACCAAAACGGUUACGAACUUCGGUUACAAAUCACGAUUUGGGGAGGAAGUUAGCGGUUACGCAGUUUAUUUCUACGGCUAAUGAUCGGAAUCCAGCUAGCAUCAAAAAUCACAGGGCCACGCAGCUAUGAAGGUUUAGCCAUAAGCAUAAUGUCAGCAGGCGUAGCCACAACAAUCACCAACAGUAGCGGCAAUGUGUGGUGGAAAUAUCAUCAUAUAACUUGUCCAGUUCUUCCUAUUGCGACUACAGGCAAAGCCGUCACUGAUUGUAUCACCAUCACCACCACCAGCGGCAACAGCAGCACCACCAAAUCCAACAGAAGACAUCCGCCGAAAGCGUUUCUCGCCUCACCCCGGCAGCCUUUUUUUUUCUUCUCAAACGGCGGAAGAGCUCCAGGCGGCGGAAAUGGUUCAGUUUUCGAACUGGAUGCGAAAGACAAAAAAAAUUGCCCAUUAAAUCGGCAAGGAAUCCAGAGCAGCUCAAAAAUUAGGAAACCGACACCUUGAAAAACUCAACGAACACAUGGUUCCGGUAAUGUUUCAAACAUCAAUUACUUCGAUUGAGCUCGAUCUUGUCCAAGGCUAUCCACCGUUGGAUGCCGUAAUUGAAGCAGCGAGGUGUUGCUGAAGAAAAUGGAAUGACUGAAUCGAGCAUUACUUCAACCAGAAUGGCGAUAACGAACCUUGCCUAGAUAAGGUCAUGGGAUUUUUCUAUAUAGGACUGUUAUUGUUACUACAGUAGUGCCCGAACGUGAAGAAAGUCAUAUCAAGUCUUAAUUCUGCACAUUUCAGAAGUUUUUUUUUUCAUACUUAUAAUUAUUAAGGUAUUUUACUUUGAAAGCUUCAUUUUGCCGAAAGUAUCCAUUUCAUUAUACUAUGUUAGUAAAAGGGAGGAGCCAUUAUAGUCUUGGUAAACAACUUUUAGGAAAGGAAAAGGGAACCCAAGAUCUGUUUUCCAUCAGGGUUUCAGAAGAUCUAAAUCAAUAUAGUUUUAUAAUAAUAAUACCAUUAUUACCUUAAAAUUCAAGAAAUGUAGCUACAACAAUAUGCUUGUUAGAAAAAUUGCAAAAUGCGCCGAAUUUGAACCAGUAAAGAGUU